AUUGUGAGGAUACACGUUUUAUUAAAAAGGUUAUCCAUGUUAAAAAGUGUUCCAUUGAAGUAGUACUUCUCUAAAUUUAAGAAGUAAAUAAGCCAAAAAUACUUGUUUAAGUGAAAAUGAACUUAACUACGGACUUUAAACCAGUCCUAACACGUGCAGCGUUAGCAUUACAACGUAAGAAUCAACCCAGUCAUUUUCAGGCACUUGUUUUCGAAGAUCCCACAAAGACUACACAUACGAAUAAUUCACAGGAGGAUCAAGAGAAGGGACAUGUUUCUAAAGUAAAUAACUUUACUGAUAAAUCAAAUGAGUUCGAUAUUAAGAAAGCUCGUCAAGAAGUCCUCCGGUUCGCAAUAAACAAUCAGCGUGAUAUUAAAAACAAAAAAAAAAUGGAAACGUUCCAACUCAUUAAAAUGGGGGCAAAAGCACCAAAAAAAGCAUAUAAGAACUAUAAAGUGUUGCUGGACGAACGGAAGCGUUUAAAGCAAAUUCGUGAGGAGCGAAAAAAAUUCCAUCAGUUGGGCAAAAAUCAGACAGGUGCUGCUUCCGUGAAAUGCCGCAGUAAAACAAAGUUGGAGAAACAACAAAAGAAACGUGCUCCGGUGACAGCCAUAGACCAAAAUUAUGGUGUUGUUAAGCCCAAAUUUAAAUAAAACAUGUUUUAUAGGUUUUAAAUAGAAAAAUUUUAGAUUGUAAGAAUGAUAAAUAAAUAUAAUAUAUAAUAAAAGUAACAACCCAAUCUUAGAAAAUGUAUCAAAUACGUUAUUUGACCUAUUAGUAAACUGCAGUUCUAUACCGCUUAGGUUGGCACUUUCCCUUUGUGAGAACUUUAGUUAAUAGAUCAGAAUCAGGAAUGAUAGAUUACAAAAUUGUGACAUCCGUGAGAGUAUUUUUGGCUGUGACGUAAAAAUUCAAUAAACAGAGGUGGAACAGUUCUCCACAAUCUUCAAUCGUUCAGUAACAUUAUUAGCAGUUGGAGGAAAUCCGUAUGCGACGUUUACUGAGGUUGCAAAAAAUUAUGGCAGCAAUACGCAGGGGAUA